ACUUCAGAUAAAGUUUGGAGCUUCAGUCGUGUAUCCGUUGAAAUGAUUACAGUAAAACUCCUACCCAUCUUGUACACACAGCCCCUCCCCAAAAAUCCAGCGACAUCCCACAGUCUGCGCGCACGACUUUGCUCUCCAGCUCAUCAUUUCUUCUGGUCGACAGACUGGACGCACCAUCUCACGCUCCGGGAAUGGGAUCUUUACUGGGUUCAAAGAAAAACUUCGAGUUCUUUCGAGUUUACGCUCUCCAGAAGCUACUUUUCAAACUGCAGGGAUAGUUGUUACUGCAGGUGCAGGGUGACAGCAACGACGAGUCACUGGCCAAUGACUGCCAAGACGCACCAGAAGUUGUCAGGGAGUUUCAGACGCUAGAAAUCAAUUAAACGCCAUGAAGUGGGCUCUCUGAAUCUGGUUCUAGGAGAUUCUUGUCAUUUCAGACCACAGUUACCUUAACCGAGGCGUGCGCAUAUCUGUGCGUAAAGUUGGAGCUGUUGCGCACGGUUCAAGUUUAGUUCUAGCGGGGCAGCUAAUGCGAGCACAUAUAAAAUACAACAGAUUUGUUAACUGUUAAAUCUGUGAGAAGUGUUAAUAUCUUGACAGCCAUGGCAAAAUGGUUCAGGGAUUUUCCCAUCAAUCUGAAAAACGGAAACGAAAGGGUCCGUUCGGCCUCUGAAUCUGGUCCACAAACUCGACCCAAACCUUCGUUUUCGCGUGACAGUCUGAAAGGAAAUCCACGCAAAGAUGGAGGAGUGGGGGGUCUAUUGGCAGGGAGAAACAGGAAAAAUUCGGCUUCAGAACUGGGUCGUAACAACGGUGGUUCUGGUGGAACAGUCUGGGAUAGUCUCACAACUGGAAAAGGUCGCAAGAACUUCAAGGUCGAGACUGGGACACCAGAUGAGAACCGCCAGGUCAGGACCUCUAGUUUGGCACAAGCGUACAUCAGCAGGAUGAUCAAAGUGGACAAACAAGACAAGACCCCCAAACUCAACGGCAUAAGUGAACAGAAGCAACCCGAUAACGAAAAGGGAAGGUCUGACAUUAAAGCAACGCUGAUUAUCCUGGAGGACUAUGCAGAUCCUUUUGAUGCAGAGAAAACCAAGGAGCAGAGGGAGGCUGAGCGAGCAGGAGUGAAUGAUGGGUACAUGGAGCCCUAUGAUGCCCAGGUCAUCAUCACAGAGGUUCGUAGACGAGGCUCCAAAGACCUUCUGAAAGUGUGUGUUCUGCUGGACCGAGGCCAGAGAGAGAGGAAGGAAGAAGAGGGAAAGCCCACCCCUCCAAAUAUCUACGACACGCCAUAUGAGGGCGGGCUGGAAGGCGACCGUGAGGGCGUGUGGAUACCUGUCACACGGCCAGAGUCUGAUGUCCGUCCCGCUGGAGAGUACGAACUGCCCUGGGAGUGGAGAAAGGAGGACAUUGUCAGAGCACUGUCAGCUCAGUUCGAGGCAGUGGAUUGUUCUCCCAGUAAAGAGAACGGUUCAACCUCUGGCCGCCAGCAGCAGCAGCAGCAGCAACAACAACAACAACAACAACAACAACAACAACAACAACAACACACCCUGAGGCAGAAGAACUGGAAUCAUAAAACACUUGUACCGUCUUCUCCAUCCUCCUCUUCUUCUCCCUCCUUUCCCUCCUCUCCUAUUCUCAAACUCUCCCCUCUCACACCACCAUCUCCCUCUUUCCCCACUCUCAAACUCUCACCAAUCUCACCCUCUUCUAAUCCUAACAAACUAUCCCCUCCAUCUCCUACGUCCCCGAAUACCCCACUGGAUGGGGAGGCAGCCAACGUGGACCCCAGCCUGUCCCUGGAGAAGCAGAGCUGGUACCAUGGCAGUGUGAGUCGGCAGCAGGCUGAGGCUCAGCUGCAGCGCUGCAGGGAAGCCAGCUUCCUGGUGAGAGACAGCGAAUCAGGGACCAGCAAGUACUCCAUCGCUCUGAAGACCAGCCAGAGUUGUGUGCACAUCAUUGUGGCCCAGACUAAGAGCGUUAAGGGCUUGGGCUUCACCCUGGAUCAGAGUAGCUGUGUCUUCUCCAGUAUCCCUGAGCUGGUGCAUCACUACUGCACACACAGACUGCCUUUCACUGGAGCAGAGCACAUGACCCUGCAGCAUUCUGUGCCCAGGCCACACUGAACAUGCAUAAAAAAGACAAACAAACACACUGGGACAUAAAUACACAUGCGCAGAGGCAUGUAUUACACAUUUAUGCACAAAUGCACACAGACACAUACAUUAACUUGUUAAUACAUGAGUGUACGCACAUACUCAAAGGCAUGCUGCUUUGGAUUUGUCACUGUGCACAACCUUAAUAAGUUUAUGUUUGUAUCUCUUCCAAUGCGCAACCUAGUGGUCAAAGUCAUACAUUACAAUAACCAUUUAUCACAUUGUUAUAGUACUCAUUGUUUCCAAACUAAAAAUCCACAAAACAGACAACCUACUGAAUGUACCAUCACUUCUUCUACAGCCUGGGUUAUUUGCCCCAUAGUCUUGUCCAUUGAUCCUACACAAACCAUACUCAGUACCAUGCAAACCAAAUGGAUUUCUGUAAUACCUGAAGCAAUGCACAUGAAGCACUGCACUUACUAUAACCAAUCUGAUAUUUAAAGAAAGUGGAGAGGUUUAUAAUCUCCUCAUGGGAUGCCCGCACACAGAGGUGCUGACAUCCUCUAUUAGCACCGUGCCAUCUAGUUAGGUGUGGUCUGUGGGAUCAAUACACUUGAUUGGAGUAUAUUCAUUCAUCCAUCUAACAUGUCAAUCAGCCUAUUGAUCCAUCCUGAAAAUCAGGCUCAUCUGCGUCUCCUCUGUCAAGAGAAAAAGCUAUAUUGAUUAGAUGAUUAGAAUUAGUGUAGUGGGAGGGGUCUUUUAACAAUACAGUGCCCUGUCAGCAAAAUUGUUUGAGUGUUUGUAAGUGUGGAAAAUAAAUAUGUGAGUAUCAUGUCCAUUCACGUGCCUUCACUGUAAUCUAAAGGUUAUGUUACUUUAUUGUGAAUGAACUGACCUUUACCCAAAAAUGUACCUGUGCCUAAAUAAUGUUUGAUGAUUAAGUGAUUGUUGUAUAUUGUCAGUUUUUUUUUUUGCAUCAACCACACAGUGAUGUGGGCUGUAUAUUAUUGUUGUAAGACGUUUAUUCAAUAAAUAAAAUAAAAUUCAUAUUAA